AUGAGUGUUUAUAUUGUUUAUGGAUAUAAUUGGUAAGAUUUAAGAAGAAUAUCAUUCUAUUCCUUAUUCUAGUUGACUUAAGGAAAUAUAUUUUAGAGUCUUAAAUUUGAUAUUAGGAAGGAAUUAAUAAAGAGAAAUUUAAUGGUUAGAACGUAGUUGAAUAUCAUAAUAAAUUAUUUAGCUAUAAACAAUUUAUAAAUUAAGAUUCUUCAAAGACUGAAUUCAAUCAUAACAAUAUACAAAGUAGAGUAAGAUAGUUUAUGAGAUUGUUAAAAUAGUUACUAGAAACAGAAUAUAUAGUACAAGUUCAAGAUUCAACUUUAGAGCGUUCUAAAUUCUUAAAGAAUUUUUAGUAACAAAUCUCAGUAAUUGACAUUAAGUUAUUAAAAAUAUGGCGGUAUAAAUCAUCAACAUUAUGGUUUUAUAUUAAUAGUCUUCAAUAUCAUUAAGAUUUGGAUGAUCUAAUACAAAUUAUUAAGGUAUACGUUAUUAAUCAACUUUAAGUUCCAUUUAAGAAAGAAUUGGUAAAAUAUUUGAUUAGAAUAAUUAGAAUUUGAUGAAUUAAAAGAUUUUAAAGACAUUAUGAGAUAGAAAUCAACUUCCGUUUUUAAGUUAAUAUAAAAUAAUGAUGAUAAUAAAACAUAUAUGAACUAUUAUAGAAAUGAUUGA